AUGAGCUCCGGGUUGCCUUCCGGCACGUACACAAUCACCAAUGUGUUAUACUCCAACCGCGCGAGCCUCACCAAGGGAGACGACGAAGAGAUCGUCAGCUGCAAGCUCCCCCAUCCGGAAUGCGUCGGACAAAAGUGGAGGUUCACAAGAUAUCCCGGGGACCGUUACUCCAUACGGAACGAGGAACAUCAACUACACGUUAUGACGCAGACGAAUGCGGCUGAAGCUGCUCUCGUUUACGGUGUUCGGGACGAUAUUUCGAUGGCCUGGACAAUCAAGGAGUGUGAAGAUUACGGAUCAGAUGUUUACAACAUAUAUGCGGAGGGGUUUUCCAACCUCGUCUGGACAAUCGACGAUUGUCGAAACGGAGCGCCUGUACGACGAAACGUGGAGUGUGCAUGGAAAGGCCUUUCGAGUCCUGGCAUGAUUUUGCACUUCCAGGAGCCUCUUUCGUUGCUAUAUCGUGGUGAAGAGGUCGCAGAGAUGACGGUGCCCGGAAACGGGAUGUUUGUUACAGAGACGGAGCGCAUCCGCAUGCACUUUCAUCCGAAGGAUAACACCCAAUUCCAAGCAUUUGCCGCUGCUGUACUGAUCGAUUGCGAUGUACAAGCGCGUCUGCGAAUCAAGAAGUACAAGCUGUAUCAUUCCAAUCCUUCCGAGCAGGGAUCGGCCCAGGACAGAGACUACGUGUUCUGUCACGGAUGGGUAAAGGAAGUCAGGUUCAAAGGACUGCACUCCUUUCGGGAAUGCAUCACUCUGAAGAACUUGAGGAUGCUAGGCAGCGCCAGCGACUCGCGCACACAUGAACCCUACAUCAACGCCGCCAUAGAUGUCCAUAUCAUGAAUAUGGGAUGUCUGCUCACGUUCUCGGGGGAUGCUGUCAUCAGCAUCUACUACGGGAAUACUAAAGCCUUCACUAUCGGCCCUAACGUUGAUACUUAUCGAGGAGUGCGGUGGAAAUCCCGCCCCAUGAGCCCGGCAAAUGACGAACUGCGCAGCUUCAUGGAUCGAUGGGUCAUGACACAGCUGUCAUUGCCCGUCAAACUCGUCGUUGACACAAUCAGCACGACCGUCUGCGGGAGCCUCGUCAACCUCCCACCCUUCUCUAUCGAUACCCAGAUAGAAGGCUUCGGAAUCGGCAUCGUUACCUCGGUCGACGUUCAUAUCUCACCCAAGGUUCUCAUUACGCGAGGACUGUCCUUUGAAUUCACAAUGGACAAUCCGUUCGAUACUACCCUUGAGCUCAAGAGCAUGCAGCUGCAAGUUAGCAUCAGAGGUUCGCACGUGGCAACCGUUAGGCAUACGUUCAGCGGUGUCAAUGGCGACAGACAUGGACGUUUUGUUAUACCCGCCCGCGGGAAAGGCAAGAGCCCGAAGAUAUCGCAUUGCUGGUUGAACGCAGGCUACAUCAAGAGUUUUCAGUUGGCUAUCUCCCGUAAGGCACCGCUGGACGUCUUCGUGGAGUCUGCCGACAUAGUGUACGUGCUCCAUUCAUUCCUUACCCGUCUUAUACAAUUGAGAUCGUCCCGCAGCGUUGAUAAAUACCACUUGGAUGGUCUCACCUAUGACCCCCACAACAUUCCCUUCCGCUUACAUGCCUUGUGAGUGGCAUGACUCGGAUGGGGAUCGUCUGCUCAGCGCGACGAGCCUCUCAUGCCACUCCUCCUCUCGUAAAGCUUGUCUCGUCUUCGUUCUCUGGAAGCAUGGUCUACACGCUGUCUCGAGACACCGUCAUCCGGCAGCACCCCUCACAUGUUGUUUCCCGGUCACAUUGUCGAGCCUUUCGUACUGCCCUGCGGUUCACAUUGUACGCCAGAUCACUCACAGCGCGCAUUGCUCCCCGGCCUAGCCAGCACUUGUAAGCUGUCUCGUCCAAAG